GAGACCAGUUUGUUUGUGUUUCCAGUUUUCAUGGGCAGUCGAAAGUUCAAAACGAUAAAAUUUAUUGGUUCCGAAUUAUUGUGAUUCAUUUUGUAAAGAAACUUGAUAAAGCUGAAAAAAAAUAAAAUGUUGCUGCCAGUAAAAGUUCAUUUUGACCAGGGGCAGAGCAUUCGACGUUUCAAUUUGUCCGUAGAGAGCUGCAGCAAUCUCUACCAGCAACUGCGCUGGAAAAUCUCGGAAGUUCUGGGUCACGAUGCAUUUCACCUGUUUUGGAAAGAUCUGGAAGGUGACCGCGUUGCCUUAGAAUCUCAGGACGAACUGGAAGUGGCCGUCUUUGCUCAGGGCAUCGAUAUUCUCAACUGGAAUCCCAAGCCUUCGGAUGGAGGCUUCGUUCGGGUUUUUGUGGAAGCCAGUGCACCUGUUAACCAGGUGAAAGGGAAAGAUUCUAGUGAACAAACCGAGAAUAUCAGCGGUCCUGUCGGUGAGCAUCACAUUGGCGUCAUUUGCGAUGGAUGUGAUCAUCCGAUUGUGGGAACACGCUAUAAAUGUCUUAUUUGUCACGAUUACGAUCUGUGUGUGAAAUGUGAAUCGAGAGGACUUCAUCAGGAGCAUGACAGCAUUGCUAUCCGGAAAUCACUUGGACAUGGUUGGCGAAAACUGUUUGCGCUGCGCCAUGCGGGUUAUGGGAACCCCUCUGCGGCCAAAUCUGUGCCGAUGACGCUUAUCUCUCCGAUGGAGAUCAUCGCUGAGCGCGAGGAAAAGCCAAACAGAUCCGUCUGGUCACGCGGUGGAGGACCCACGGUGGAGCUGGAUGUAAACAUUAAUCAGCCCCUGGAAAGUCUGCUAAAAGAUGUGCAUAAUCAGGUGCAAAAAGUUUUGAAAGGAUUUCUGCCAACUCCCAUUCCUGCUGUCGUGCCCGAGGCAUCUGCACCUGUCGCCAUCCCGACUGAACCCGAGCCGAUUCCGGAUCAGUCUAACCGAGAACUUGCGGAAAGCCAGCAGGAAAGCGUUGUAGAGGAAGUUAGUCACACAGUGAUCACAACUGGCGGCAACCAUCUCGAAGUGCUGCACGAGAGCGUUGUGGAACAGGCGUUGCCCAAAGUGGAGGAGCGCAAAGCAGUGGAAAGUAUCUAUCCACAAUUGCAUACAGCGUCCGAAGAGGCCCAGACAAUUAGUGUGGCGGAAUCACGGCGAACGGCGUCGCCAUCUACUAGCGCCUGCCUGGAUUCGGAUUCGGAAGUCGAAAAUGGUUGGUCAUAUGUUUCGGCCCAGGAUACCGCUGUUCUGGAAAAGAGCAUGGAAGAGGUGUGCAAGGAACCCAGCCCAAGUGAACAGAUUCAGAUAGCCCUGCAGGCUAUGGAGGAAAUGGGUUUCAAAAACGAAGGAAAUCUGCUCCGGGCAUUGUUGGAGAAUUUCGAUGGGGAUAUUGGCAAAGUGUUGGAUACCAUCCAUUACGGCGAUAGUUGAAUUACUCACUUGUCAGAUAUAAUUCUGUAUGUAUGGGCUUUUUGACCUUUUUGGGGUUUUUAUUCACAGUGGAUAACGGCUUUAUUUGGGUCAGUUGCUGCGCUUGCGACUACCAUUUCAUACACUUGUAUUGUAAACGUCGAUCAUAUAGAGGCAUUCAUUUUCAAGUUUUAAACUUUUUCACGAAGCUUUAAGCAAUGCCUCGCACGCUGAACGCUUUAUUUUUCAGCUUUUCCAUUUUUUAGGUCUGGGCAGUUAUAUUACUCAAUUGGUUUCUUAUUGAUUUGUAAAUAUACUGAUGAAAAUGUACCUGGUUGUGCAAAGGUCUGCUUGAAUAAAUCUCAUCUACUGGA